AUGAACUUCUUGUCUUUUAGAGCCAACAGAAUUCGAGGUAGUCACGAUGUUGAGGAAUGGACUUCCGCAGACAGUAAUAACUCGUCACCGGAAUGCGAAUUCGCUUUUGUGGAAAUUCGUGGUGAAACGGAGGAAAAUAUUAGGCAGGCGAAGAUGGAGAUUUACAGCUUCAUCUCUGACUCGAAAACCUCGGUGUCAACAAAAUGUGUUUGCGUUCCUUCGCACGUAAUUGGGUACAUCAUCGGAAAAGAUGGAGCUAACUUACGUGAGAUCAGGCGGAAACAUCAUGUUCGUGUUGAUAUUGAACCUGAAACGUUCUCAAAUACACGAAAAAUAUCCAUCACAGGCAGUCCAAAGUCUAUUUUACUGGCAGAGGCACGGAUCAACCAGCUUAUGAGUCGCCAUCGUAAGGACAACACUGCAGAUGGGGAUGAAGAUUUUGAAAGGCAGAUGCAGGAAAUCAAACGUAUUCAAGAAGAUGAAGAUGAGGAGUGGUAA